CUGGCCGGUGGGCUAAAUGUACCGUCAACGAACGAACUACUCGAUCGAGUACUCAAAAUAGAGUACCGUAUAACCCAGCGUGAUAGAGAAAGUAGAGAGAGCCUCCCUCCUUGUCAACCUUUUUCACGCAUUCACUCCUUCAUACAGCUUCUCUAUGAUCCUCGGUCGCCAAUCGAGGCUCUGGCUGUCAAAUCCCCUCCUGUAGCCGACAAACCUGCGGUGCCGACUACAAAUCAUGGUCGGCCAACAAGAUAGCUCUUCUAACGGGCCAUCUUUGGCAGAGAUUGGAUAUGGGACUGCUGCCGAGGCGCUCAUGGGUAUCCGCUACAACACCUCUCCUCCUGGUCCUACAUUCGUCCCGUCGCUAGAUGCUGCUCUGCUACAUCUUCGUCCGCAUCUGGGCAGCUCAUCCUUGAGGCGAGGCGACUUGAUGGAGAUUGUCGGCACUAGUGGAUCAGGUAUGUCUCGUAUCGCCUAUGUUGGUGAGAGCUCAAUUGCAAAGGCAAAAGCUCUUUGAUUACAUUUCUGAUCCUCAUCACCAUACUCUCGGCUACCCUUCCGGCCCCGCUGUCAACGAAUCUUGGGGGGAAAGAGGCUCAGGCCAUGCUCUUUCAGCCCAACACGCAUCGGCCAAUCCUACCUCUCAUUCGACGCGCCAUGGAAGCCCACAUCAAAGCCUGUGCCCCGGGAGUAGAAGAUGAUGUGGUCAACAGUGUCAUCAAAGACAGUAUGAGCCGGCUUCGUAUAUGGACGGGCAAACUCAGGUGGAAAGACCUCGCGCUAGGUAUUCAGAGUGUUCUAGAUGAGACUUCGCCUUACACCUUUCCUCUUUCAAACUCUGGCCAUGCCCUUGACUUGCUUGCCAUUGACGGCCUGUCCGAUGCCUACUACCCUAAGAGAUGGUCCGAGGAGGAGCACGGUCGGAGACAGCAGCCUCACUUGACUGGAAAAGCAGUGGAAAUGGAGGAUAUCGGUUUGAGGCAGGUCAUGGAAGCUAUAGGAGCUGUUCGCAAGGAGCUCGGGAGCGUUGUCGUGAUGAGCGUACAGAGUCUACGGGUAAGUCGGGCUGAUCAAUAUUUUGACGGAUGUCUGAUCCUCCAACAGGUCUCCCGCGACGCCCAGCCCUUUCAUCUGCCACAUCUGCCACCCCCUUAUCCGAGUCCUUUCGCUUCAUCCAACAAUCUGCCCUUGUCGGCUUCGAACCCCAUGUACUGGCCACUCAACAUCCAGCUGAGCCUCAUGGGUCGUUCACGAGGCCUUCAGCUGCCAGGAGAUACCAUGAUUGCCGACGCCCUCAGAGUCAAAGCCCGCGAGAGGAAUGAUAAGGCUGAAGAUACUCGAGGGGAUACGUACAAUGGCCUGGUAAGGAUGGUAAGGUCGGACGGUGUGCUCUUGGGGAAAGAGGGCAUUGGAUUUCAUUUUCGAGUCGGUAACGAGGGGCUACAGGCCUGGGGUGACGAGUAGUCUAGAUGACCCAU